ACACACACACUGCCUCCUUUCAUGCUCACGACCCCUCCUCCAAGCACACACACACACACACACACAAUAAGAAGUGAGGGCAGUGCUGCUGAGACAGACGGAGAGGCGCAGUGGAGCACAUGCAGCGCAUCCUCCAGUCUCUGCUCCUCUACUACCUGUACUACCUGUAAUUUUCUCCCUCCGCGGCUCCAGCCCACCUGCUGAGAGGAUUAAUAACCUAGUCCCCCCACAUCUCUCCAGCAUGAACACGCUGACUGGAAUACUACCCGCGCUGGUCUCGGUUUAGAGGGGUAAAGUUUUCUCACCUCGCAACCUUGAAAGUCACAUCUUUGUUAUAUAGACUGAAACCAUAUCUGGCAUUUCGGAAAGUGUGUCUUCAACAUGGCUCUGAACACGGACGCCAACCCACCCACUACUGUGCCAAGUAUCGUGGAGGAGGAAGUGGAGCAACAGACAGAACAAGUAACCAGUCAGCAACCAAACGGUGACCUGGACCACGCCCCCAUCACUUCUCAGCCAGUGAAGACUGAGCAAGACCCAACCCCUGUCUCAGAGUCUGCACAGGAAAACCCCAACCUGCCAGAUGCCCCGCCAAAAGACCACCUAACAGUCAUCAACGAACACGUGGAGACAAGUAAUGGAGUCUGCCCUGUUGCUAUGGAUGUCUCUCCUCCUGCUUCGUCUCGCUCCUCACCCCCUCGUCAGAAUCAUGCUAAACACAGUCAUGCUCACUCUAAUGGUCGUGCUCGACUGAGCAGCCGCUCGGGGUCACUGAGCUACGCGGGGUCACCUCGCCCAUCACUUAGCCGCCAGCCCAGCGCCGCCACCGAGGCGACCAUAGAAGGCACCAAGCCAAAGGAUUAUCUAUUUCUCGCAAUUAUUGCCUGCAUCUGUCCAGUCUGGCCCAUCAACAUCGUUGGCCUGACCUUUUCUGUUAUGUCUCUGUACAGUCUGCAGCAGGGGAACGUGGAUGGGGCGCGGCGUCUCGGCCGCAACGCAAAGAUCCUGUCAAUCCUCUCGAUCGUGGGUGGGAUUCUUCUCAUUACCACUGGAAUUGUCAUCAACUGGGGAUAUAUAUUAAAACGUUGACGGUUGCGACACUAAUCAGGGUCGUGGAGGAAUUUCUGACCCACCAACCGAUCCAUGAUGAACAUCAUCCUCUCUCAUCCUGCGUUUCCAGAUCAUUCUGAAGCACUUGGAGCUUUUUUUCAGUUCUUUUCUACUCUUUCUCAAGACUGAACAUUUUCAUCUCUGCGUAAAGCAGCUCUGCAGCGUCGACCUCCCAGUACUUUGAAUGCAGGUAUAAUGACUGAAGCCAGCGCAUGUUUUUUUUUUUUUCUUCUUCUUCAACCAAAAGGAUUAAUCCUUCUUAAUGAUGUCAGCGAGGAAGCUUCCAGUAUGAUCUCAUUUCCUGUCCCCAGUCACUUGGGUGUUUGAUUGUGUUGAGAGAGAGAGAGAGAGAGAGAGAGAGAGGGAGAGGGAAAGGGAGAGGGAAAGAGAGAGGGAAAGAGAGAUGAGCUUUAAGGAGAACCUUCGAUUUAGAUUAUCACAAAGAACGGCAAGCACUGAUGAUGAUGGAGAUCUAAAGCAGGGUUCUGCAGAAAGAAUGCCAUGAUGGGAUUAAGAAACUGAGCAGAAUCUUUAUUCACAUACACUCAUAAAGACCAUACACCAUCUCUUUCUUUCUGUCUUUCUUUCUCUAUCUUUCUAUUUCCUCUCUAAAAAAGUACAUAAAUUCAUAAAAAAGUAUUACUUCAACAAACAGAUCUGACUGACAAUGAUUUUUAAUAAGAAAUAUUAAAAUCAGGAUUCACAUUGUGUGGACGUUAACAUUAUGUUUUUUAGUAGACGUUGGGGUUUGGCUACUAAAUAUUAAGACUUACCAUCUAACAACAUUAGAAUUUCACAUUGUGUGGACAUUAAGUUAUGUUGUUUAGAAGACGUUGGGUUUUGGCUACUUAAUAUCAAGACUUAACAUCUAACAAUGUUAGAAGUUAAACGUUAAAGAUAAAGUUAAGAGGUUUUCCAGAUGUGGGUUUUGGUCAACAUGUUUUACAACUAAGUGUUGGUAUUUUAUGUCAAUAUGGCAUUGGCUUGUUGCCUAGCACCAUUACUUAACAUAAAAAAAACGCUAGAAUUUCACAUUGUGUGGACCUGAACAUUGUGUUGUUUAGUAGAGAUUGGGUUUUUGUUAGUUAAUAUCAAGACUUAACAUCUAACAAUGUUCGAAUUUCAUGUUGUGUGGACCUUAACAUUAAGACGUUUAGCAGAUGUGAGUUUUGGUCACCAUAUUGUACAAUUAGAUAUUGGUAUUUUAAAUCAAUAUGACAUUGGCAUGUUGCCUAGGACCAUUACUUAACAUCUAAAAAAUGCUAGAAUUGAACAUUGUGUGAAUGUUAAAAUGAUCGAUCUAUCUAUCCAUCCAUCCAUCCAUCCAUCCAGAUUGAUAUCCUCUCUUCAUACAUUUCUGUUCACAAUCUAGCUGAUGACACAAACACCGCUCGACUUGACUCAGACAGGGUGUGUGUGUGUGUG